AAAAUGUUCCCUAAAAUACUGGCCCUGGUGGUCCUGGGCAUCCUACACCUGGCCUGGAGCAGCACUCAGGGCUGCCUCAGCAAGCAGCAAGUGGCCAACACCAUCAAGCAGAUGCAGAAGCUGCUCUCCUCCCAUGAGGCUUCCCAGAUGCAGAACAUGCGCAACCUCAAGAAGCAACUGACCAUUCUGCAAGGCAACAUCCAGAAGCAGGUGGCCAAGCGCAACGACAGCUGUACUCUGUUGCCAGUGCCCCUAAAUGGCCGGAGGCUGGGCAAGAAAACAGUCAUGGGUCAUGAUGUGCACUUCCUGUGUGACCCUGGCUUCCUCCUGGUGGGAUCUGAGACACGAACAUGCCUGGAUAACGGCACGUGGAGUGGACAGCAAACUUUGUGCAAAAGCAUCAAUGAUUGUGCCAGCAACCCCUGUGCCAAUGGUGGGACCUGUGUGGAUGGCACGCACCGCUAUAGCUGCUUGUGUCCCAGCGGAUGGUCAGGUGCUACCUGCCAAACUCCAGUUUAUUCCUAUUGGGUAACGAUGAGUAACUCGUCCUUUAGCCGCCAGCCCCGCUGUGCCGACAACCCUCUGGGCUCACGCCAGUGCAGCUGUGACACGGGCUUCCAAAUGCGGGCAGGAGGCAUUUGCCAAGACGUGGACGAGUGUCAGCUCUUCCAAUCCAGCCGCCUCACCCGCAUCUGCCUCCACGAAUGUGUGAACGUGCCCGGCUCUUACCGAUGCACUUGCCCAGAGGGCUACCGGCUCCAGGCUGACAAGAGCACAUGCGGUGAUGUGGACGAGUGUGCCGAGAACCAGCACAACUGCAGCCGGGGGCAGACGUGCGUCAACGUUUUCGGAGGGUUCCGGUGCGUGCAGCCUGAGUGCCCCAAGCCCCAGCUCAACACCAGCUACGUCAAAACCUCUGCUGCGCAGUGUGAACGGAGCCCUUGCCCCAUGGACAGCAAGGCCUGCCAGAGAGCCGCCAACUCGAUCUCGUUCCACUACUUGCCUCUCCAGUCUAACCGCACAGUGCCCCGUGUGCUCUUCAAGAUGUCCACCAGCCGCUUUGUGGGAGACAGCCUGCGCUUCGCCAUCUUGGGGGGCAACGGCCAAGGGAUGCUUGUGGUGCAGCGUGCCGACCGUCAGACAGGGGAGCUGGUGCUCACCAGACCAGCCGUGGGGCCGACUACGUUGGAGGCAGAGCUGGAAAUGAGCGAGUUUGCCCGAAAGAUGCCCCUGGGGAAGCACAUCUUCAAGGUCACAGUCUUUGUUUCACAGUAUGAAUUCUGA